GCACGCCUAUUGCUGUCUUCGGAGUAUGGUCGGUGAAGAUGCGCCGCCCUGCGAUGUACAUGUCGGUACGGAUGAUAUAGGGAGCCGAAGAUAAGAGAUUCCUGGCCUGACGGAGUUAUGGUGUGGGAAACAUGCCAGAUCUUUUUCCCGUUCGAAGACAACAAGCCUCCCCAUACUUAAGGAGAGAAUUCUGCACCCAAUGUGAAGACGACGCGGAUUUCUGGCCUUGCACGGAAGAACAACUGAUCUAAGGAACCCCCUCUCCCCUAGUCCUGUCACUCACUCCUCUCGAUCUACUGUUGUAAUGAAAGGAUUCGCUGCCGCUCUAGCGCUGCUUUCAUUCGCCAACGGAGCCGUCGCCAAUGCAGAGCUUCAUUGCUCGGAUUGUAUCUUCUUUACGCCUUUGACGGUCACCACUGAUUCCGUGCAUAAUGUUCACGUCAGUUACGGCGAUGAUUCUUUCGAGGGCGAGGUCCGCCUUGUUUAUGGCUCUUGCGAGAUGGGAUCAAUAAACGAGAUGCAACACGAAGUUGGAACGACUUUCUUACACCGUUCGAUACGCCCCGAGCGCUUCGUCUGGGUCGUCCCCGAGGAUGCGGUGCAUGGAUGCUGUCUGCAUGCCUUUUCCGGAUCUUCCCUCAUUGGGCGAUCAGCACCUGUUACCGUCAAGCAAAAUCUCAGGAAAAGGGAGGAUAUCUCGGCGGUGGCGGAUGUGACUGGUCCUUGGUUCGAUGGGGUUGCUUAUAUGCGAGCUAAGCAAAACAACGCUUCAUUUGUGGCCGCCUCCAAAACCAAGAAGAUUGCCAUUGUCGGUGGAGGGCCUUCAGGCUUGAUGACGAGCUUGCUCCUUGACUCGGUGGGCAUUCACGACUGGCAUAUCACGGAGUCUUCACAGCGAAUCGGUGGCCGUAUUCGAACCAAGUACCUCGCUGGGACCACACCAGACGAAUACCAGUACCAGGAGAUGGGACCAAUGAGGUUUCCAGUUUCGGUGAAAUAUGCAGAUACGAACGAAACUUUGGACAUCCAGGACCACAAGAUGGUAUUCCAGCUGGGAGCCACCCUCAAUGAGAUGAAUGGGAAUGACAGCGAGCUCGCAGUCAACUUCAUUCCAUGGAUACAAAGCAGCCCGAAUGUACCAGCAAACUCCAACGGAUACCGUCUACCGAAUGGGCGCAUCCCGAGCGCUUCUCAGAUCAAAGCCAACUCGUCACUGAGACUGCCCGCAGCGGCACCGUCUGAUCCAGACGCGGCAGAGCAAGCGGAAGAGGCAUCAAAUGCAUUCUUGGGCGAUACGCCGGAGGAGAUGCGCAACAUAUCAAUCAACAUAUACAAGGCCCACAAAGAAGCCAUCGAGAAAGGGCUCUUCCAAUGGUCUGAAACUGCCUACCUUAAGUACCACCUCAACAUGAGCGCGGACACAGUCGACUACGUUGCCGGUUCAGGCAACAACGGUGAGUACUGGGGCGAUUUGUACGAAGAUGUCUACUUUGCAGCCACCACUUGGCGCACCAUCGACAAGGGUCUGGAAUCCAUCCCUAGGGCCUUUCUACCACAUGUCAAGGACCGCCUGACGCUCGGCCGAAAGGUCGACGGUUUGAAGUACGAUAAUAUCACCGGUAAAAUUUCGCUCACGUGGCGGUCGGAUGCCCUCGCCAUGGAGCCGGAGAGCGAGGAAUAUGACUACGCGGUUGUCGCAGUACCCUUCUCCAAAGUCAGGCUUUGGGAGCUGCCAGCGUUCUCAUCUCUUCUUACGCGCGCUAUCAGCUCUAUGAACUACCAGCAGUCCUGCAAGGUCGCGCUGCACUACAAGACGCGCUUCUGGGAGCACCUUGAUCCUCCUAUCAUUGGUGGCUGUGGAUCUACGGAUAUUGCCGGUAUUGGUUCUGUCUGCUAUCCUUCGUAUAAGAUCAACUCGUCGCUCCCAGGGGUAAUACUGGCAUCCUACUCGUCGGGCACUCCUGCACGUUCACUCGCAGCACUGAGCACAGCGGACCACAUUGGCCUUGUGCAGCGCGCAAUGAUCGAGGUUCACGGCGAGAUUGCGGCCGAGCAUUUUACCGGGGCAUUUGAACGCCAGUGCUGGGAGGUGGAUGAGCAUCAGGCGGGGGCCUGGGCUGCUCCUUUUGUGGGGCAGCAGGAACUCUACCUCCCGGCUUACUACAAGACGGAGUUCAACACCAUUUUCGUGGGUGAACACACUUCAUACACGCAUGCUUGGAUUUUCUCGGCGCUGGAUUCAGCUGUGCGUGGUACGACGCAAUUGCUGCUUGACUUAGGGCUUGUUGAUGAAGCCAAACAGAUUGUGAACACGUGGAUGGGAAGAUGGAUACACCUUUAGUCUCUGGGGAGUUGGGCGCACGACCCAACUCUGAAUCGAGCGAGGUCAUUGUCACAAUCGCCUUUCUGUUGUGGGCUACAGUCCAAGUGGGAGUAUCCAAAUCACAUCUCACUAGUUCACCAUCAUUCCACCCGGGAGCUCCGCCAGCCAGCCCUCCAGAUUCUCUUUCACACUCACCUUCUUCGUGCACUUAUUGGCUUGCUCGAUCGACUGGGCCUUCAAAGCCGGGCACCUCAGAUUGUUGCCGAACAGGUCGCUGUUGCACUGACUGUUUGAAU